AUGAAGCACGUUACAUCUUCCCGAACUUUAAGAAAAUCGCGCUUGGAGGAGGCGUAUUUUAAAAUUAAUCGUAAAGAAGCAUUGCUUUAUGGGAAAAUUCGUCGCACAGCUGGUUUCCUGACAAUCGGAAUCCCGUCCGUGAGGAGGAAGAAUGUGACCUAUUUAGAGGAUACUCUUCAGUCCUUGAUAUCUCGAACACCACCGUCCAAUCGCAGUCGAGUACUACUUGUCGUGUUCCUCACCGAAAGUAACCAUACUUGGGUAGUCCAUCGAGCAAAGGAGGUCUACCAAAGAUUUCAAGAACACGUGGACUCUGGUUUUAUACAGAUUGUGCAUCCGCCACAUAUCGCGUAUCCAAACUUCCGGUCGCUGGAGCGUCGGUAUAACGACGACAAGGAUAGAGUGGCCUGGCGAAGCAAACAAAACUUGGAUUUCUCCUAUCUGAUGACGUAUUCGCUUCCUAUGUCUCAGUAUUACUUACAGCUAGAGGAUGACGUAAUGGCUACUGAAAAUUAUAUUCACAAACUGGAAGAUUUUAUAAAACAAAACGAACAGGAAACAUGGCUUUACCUUCGGAUGUCAAAACUUGGGUUUAUUGGACUUCUCUUUCGAAACUCUGAUUUACCAAAAGUGUCUGAAUUUUUACUUGUUUUAUUUGAUGAAAAACCUUGUGACCUUCUUAUAAACGACUUACGUGUCAUCAAAGGGCAAACAAAAGAUUUCGUACUGUCCCCCUCUUUAUUUCAACAUAUGGGACUUGUUUCGUCAUUAAAAAAUAAAGUUCAGCUACUCAAAGACAACACAUUUCGCGACUAACUCUGAAUCUAAACCUUCUGCUUGGCAUCUAAAGUAUGAGAUAAUUCUUUAUUUGUGUCGCCAUGGUUAUUGGAUUUCAUAAUAUUUUUUUAUUAUCAGAAGUAAAUGUUAAUUGAUUUUGUUCAACGCAUGAAAUUCCUUGUUUGAACGUAAAAUGAAAAUUACAUACAAAGUUCUUGGUUGAGUUUUGUAUUUUCUUACGUCGAAUUGUUUCAGAGGAUAAAAAGG